AUGGCGCACAGUUCGUCCUCGGUCUUUAACGAAGUCCCUUCUUCCACUGAAGCCUCCGAGAUGGUCACCAAGACGUCGAGUUCUUCCAAUGCGCCCACUGAUGCAAGUGUAUCCUCUGCCAGUGCGACGGCCACAGCUACGGCGUCGUCUACUGUCGUAGCUACGACGUCGUCGCCGACCUCGAGCGACUGCCUUCAGGUGUCGACAGGCGCUGCUUCUCCGAGCGUGCUCUCGUCUGCGGACGAUUCGCUGCCAUCUUCUACUCAGAAAUACACGUGCGUGCCACCAGCGGUGCUACAGAGUGUAAAGACGUCACUGACUUUUCGGAAGAGUUGCCUGAAGCGCUCCAAGUCCUCGACGUUACCACUGUCGGUCUUUUGCGAAGACUCGAUGGCUGUUGCGAAGCAGGUGACAAAGAUAGAAGAGAAGAAGGAGGGAAGACCUGUACAAAAGAAUCGUAGACGUUGCUGGGAAUGCAAGAGAAAGGUAGGACUGGCAGCGGUAAAAUGUCGCUGCGACUACACGUUCUGUGGCAAGCAUCGGUACGCUGAGGAACACAAGUGCGUCUUUAAUUUCAAGACGGCGGGCAAGCGGAAGCUUGAAGAAGAGAAUCCUGUUGUUGUCCCUAGCAAAGUGGCUCGGAUCAACUAA